UGCAGUAGGGUCAUCAUCAUAUCGCGUUUUCCUGAACUAUGCCAUAACAUUUGUGUGGAAACUGGCGGUGAUAGUCAUGUUUAUAGUUUGAAUUUGUCUGAAGAAGAAUCUUGGAUUCUUUUCUGCAGAAAGGUAUUUUCAGGCAGCCUAUUAUGUCCUCCACCCUUGAUGCAAAUCUCCAAAGACAUCAUAGAAAAAUGCAACGGUUUUCCACUGGCAAUUUUGGUGAUUGCUGGUGCACUGGCUACCAAAGGGAACAACACAGAGGCAUGGGAGUUGUUUCACAGCAGCCUUGUUGCCAGGCUAGAAGGUAGUUAUAGUGAAGUCGAGCACAUGAAAAGGAUACUCGAUCUAUGUUAUAAAGACUUGCCUUUCUAUCUCAAGUCUUGUUUCACAUAUCUGAGCAUAAUACCAAAAGAUCAUGUCAUCGACAAGAUGAGAUUGAUUCGACUGUGGGCAGCAGAAGGACUUGUCCUUGAAAGAGAAGGAAAGGCAAUUGCACAAGUUGCUGAAAGCUAUCUCAAUGAACUUGCAAACAGAAGCUUGAUCCAAGUUGCUAGAAAGCAUCCUGAUGGAAGGUUAGAGUCAUUCAGAAUCCAUAACUUGUGGUAUGAAUUCAUUCUUUCCAAGUCAAGAGAAAGGAGUCACAAGGCCAGACAUCUAGUAAUCCAUGAUCAUUUGUCUAAUGAUAUACAAGACAUUGAUCAGUUUAAGCACCUUCGCACUCUAAUAACGCUCGGGUCAUCAGCUUCUGUCUCUAGUUCAUUAUUGUUGAAGCUGUUAUCUGGCAGUUUUAAGCUACUCAAGGUUUUAGACUUAAAAAGGAGCCCAAUUAGCGAAAAUCCCGGAAGAAGUCUUUGAAUUGUUUCAUCUCAAUUGUCUAAACUUGAGGAGCACUCAGAUAAAACAUAUGCCAGGAUCAAUAGGGAAGCUUGAGAACCUUGAGUUCUUGGAUCUAAGGGAGACAUUGGUAAACAAAUUGCCAGUCGAGAUACUAAAGCUUCAACAUCUUCGCCAUAUCUUCAUUAACCGCUUUGUUGCUGGUUAUAUACAUGGUUUUGAAGCUCCUAAGAAGAUAGGGACUCUUGUGUCUUUAGAAAUGGUGAAUCGUAUAAAUGCCACUACAAGCACGGUGAUCGAAUUGGGAAAGUUAACGAGACUAAGAAUGUUAUACAUCGCGAAGCUGAGAAGAAAACAUGGAAGGGAUCUUUGUUCUUCCCUUGACAAGUUGAUAAAUCUUCAACAACUAACUAUCUCAUCUUUUGGGGUGGGUGACAUAAUUGACUUGCACUAUCCCCUUCAUUCUACACACUCAUCCCUUCGAACAUUAGUCUUCGAAGGGCGUUUGGAGAGGUUUCCACAAUGGGUAACAUCUCUUCAAGCCUUAGCUAUUGUUGUUUUAAGAGGGAGCAAGUUAAUGGACAAUGCACUAAAAACUCUUCAAGAUUUGCCCAACCUUGUCAAACUCGUGCUAGACCGAGCCUCCGAAGGCGAAGAAUUGAGGUUCGGGGAAGGUAGAUUCAAGAAGCUGAAGAUAUUAUGCAUUUGGCACUCCACAAAGUUGAGACAGAUGAAAGUGGAAGAGGGUGCAAUGCCUUUUCUUGAAGAGCUUCAACUGUGCAACUGUGGAUUAAUGGAGAAUUUGCCCUUUGGGAUUGAGCAUUUGAGGAAGCUUGGUUAUCUUUUGCUGGAAGAAAUUUCUGAAAAGCUGUUAAUGACUGUGCAGCUUAAGGACAGUCAAAAUGGGGAUUACUGGAAAAUUGCUCAUAUUCCUAGAGUUCAUGUGAAAAUGUUGUAAGGUAGAUAAGAAUGGGAUGAUGCAAGAAAAGAGAAACAAAGUUGAUAAUCUAGAUUAUAACUUUGUAAGAUAAUUAGUAGUUCUAAAUAUUACUGUUUACUCCUUAUUUUCUCAUUCUUGACUUCCAGUUGUAUCAUGAAUGCCCUUUCCCAUAUGAUUUUCAUUAAUCAAAUGAACAACCUGUUGUCAUCA